AUGGACCGUACAUUGCAUGACUCCUCCUUUCCUACCACGACCCCCUACGAAGACGCCGACGCCACUCAAGCCGACGUCGAGUCGGACGCGUCGGAGCGCGUCCAGAACACUGCCUACGGGCAAGUCAGAGUCUCCGGAAGGUCGAUCAAGCUCAAGCGCAAUGGCGUGGCAAUCCCUAAGUUCGAGGAGCAAGAGUUCAUCUCUGCGACAGCCAGCACAUUGUCAGAUGAAGAAGCGGCUGAGCGUGAGGCGGUGCGGCAGCAGUUGGAGGACUUGGAGCAGAUGAUUCUCCGGUUUGAGCUUGCAGCGCAACCUUGGAAGGCCCGGAAGUCAAAAUCCAACCGCAGAAAGUCCAUAGUGCGCAGCAUCCGCAAGGAGGCAAACUCUGCACCAUCGUUCAUGGCUGAUCGCGACGACGACCUCGACGACCUAGCCGCGGCCUUUGGCUCCACAUCGUUGCUGCAUGAGUCAACAGAUCUUCCUGCUGAUCCCUCGCCUUCAAGCGUCCGGCGUACGGAAAAGUUGGGUCACCGAGCGACUCCAUAUCCGACCUUGCAGACAGGGAGGUCAAGGGUGAAGAAAUCAGUGAAGACAGUGAGGUUCGAGCGAGUUCUACCCAUCCACUCUCCCUCGCCCUUGCGACCUCUUCCCCCGGCGCGUCGCCCCAAUUCCCCCCCACUCCCGAGCCAAUACGACCUCUACCCCUAUAUCCCCUCUCCCCCCCUCAUCGGCUCAGAGCAUCAACGUGUACCGGAGGCGUACGAACCGUAUAAUCCGCCUCCCACAUCACAUCCGUCGGCGCCAUCGGUUCCAUUACUUGAGCACGAUGACAGCUCGUUGGUCCCCACUCGUCCUAAUUCGCCGGCGCCCAUAGAGAUUGCCAUCCUGCCCUAUGAAGGCAUGACCUCAUACCUCGCUAUGGAUACCGGAAGUGUCAUCAAACGUCUUGGUACGGAACAGGUCGAGGUCUCCUCGCAUCGUCGGGUGUCCAAGCUCCAUCGACGUGUCUACCGUCCCAACCUGGGGUGCUACGAGGAGAACCUCGAUACUGACGAUGAAGAUGAGGCCUCCACAGAAGCAGAAGACAAUGGAACCGAGGACAUCGUUCGACCAGUCGAUGCGCAAGGCUUCGUAGUUGUGGCGGACGAGCCUACCCCAGAACAACGAGCGGCGGCAGAAUCGUUCCUCGACGACUUAGAGAGCGAAAUGGCGGCUCGGAGCCCGCACUUGCUCCUCGAGAACGGCUUUGAUCGUAAGCCGCCACAGUCCGAUUCUCGAGACGCCCUCCAGCUGCACGAUACUCCUACCGCGUCCACCCCUGCGUUGAGUUCAGGCUAUCAUCGCGAUUCUAGUCCCGAAGAGUCACCGUAUCCGUGGACGCCACCCGUCCCACCCGAAGCUGAGUCUAGUAACCUAGAAGCUGAGUCCUCCAAGCAUCCGGACUAUGAAGCGAUAUUCGGAGGGCUUGACGAUGAGGACGAGGAGGAUUACCGUUUGAAUUCAGGAUGUAGCAAGGGAAAGGGCCAGGACGACGUGGAUGGUGCCGCUCCCUCCACAGAGAAUGCAGGAGCAACAUCCCGGAGAUCGUCAACUCCGCCGGCGCGGGCGCUGUCCGAGACCUUCGUUGACUCGGAAACCCCAGCCCAGCCUUCCCUCCCUCCCUCCUCUAGCAUCGCCGCUGUCGUUGCUCAAGACGAGCAGCUAUAUCAAAUGGCUUGGCCUACCGCCACACCGCAAACUCCCCAAUUCCAUUCAGCGUUCGCGUCAUCGCCACCCACUUUUAUGGCGUCUGCGUCGUUCAAGCCACCCCCGGUAUCUUCCUGGUCACCUGCACCCGUCUUCGCACCAUCGAUAUCUGCCUGGACGUCGGCGUCACCUUCUACCACGUCCAUCUCCUCCUGGGCAUCUGCGCCAUCCUGGUCGUCAGCUCCCCCACUUCCGUCGACGUCAUCUUGGUCCGCUAGUUCGUCGUCGUCAUUCUGCCAGCCGUUCGUCGCCAAUCCCAUCAGCAUUCCCCAAUGUAUCGCAGUCCCGCAGCUCGCCAGCCAUACAGACAACGUCAUACAAUCGCAUGAUGUCGACAUGGAUACCGCCGCAAGCUCCGACAUGAGAGUCGACAUCAAGGUGCCACACCUCGGGCGCCACGACCGCCGCCGCCGCCGCCCUUACGGUCACCAACGAGCUGCGAUGCGAUUGCUUCAAAUAGCUGCCAUAGAGCCACGGCUCAAGAUCCGUGCUCCGCCUCUCCGUCGUUUCUUACGCAGUCUCACAGCUAUCCAGCCGCGUCAUGUGAAGGUCUGCGCUCACAUUUGCGCCGAGCUCGGCGUUCAGUCUGUUCGUGAGGCGAUCAGCAAGUUGCGGAGACACGAUGUGAGCAUUAAUGCCUCUCCCGGCGGACGCUUGUUGCUGGACGUGCAGCGUAGGCAACGUCGUGCCCACCGCGCUGCCCAGCAUAUGGUGCAGCGUGUCCGUCUGCAGGCUCGUCGCAGACGCCACAUUGCCGAGCCGCCUUCACUCCAUGCGUCCGAGGCCAUGACCAUCGAUCCGUCUCCUGGGAGGAUUCCCAUGGAAGACAUCGAGAUGGACGGCAAUGGCUGGACCGUGUCCCCCGCUUUCGACAGCCAGGUGGACUGCGACAUGUCCGCGAUCGUCAUCCAAGUUACUGCGCCUUCACCACCACCGACUCCUGUCGAGGAGGAACAGCCGCUUGCGAAGGAUUCAGUGAAUCCUCCCCAAUCAUCCUUGUUCUUUGAUGUCCCCACCUCCACCUCGGCCCAGACGCCCUCUGCUUCAAUGAAGCAGAGUAUCGUGAUGAAGUACAACAAGUCUAUCGCAGUGUCGCCAACGUCUGAGAACGAUCUUGAACCUGUUGCCGCCCCCGCCGAACCUGCCGUCAUCAACAACCCGCCCUUGGACGAAGCAGAAGAGACUGACGACGAGACAGAGUGGGAGCCAGUCGCCAUUCCCGACACUAACGAUGAAGGUGUUCCUCCAUCAAGUCCCCUGCCCGUCGAGCAGGAUGCGCCUGCGAAAGCCCUUCCAGAAGUCCCUGCGCCCGUUGUUGCGCAGGCAGGUCCAGAGCGGGUCGUCGCCUCUAACGGCUUUAGCGGUCCUCCCGAAGGGCGUCCCAAAAGAGUCGGUGAUCUCAACGAGUUCACAGUCGCUCAGGACAAAGACAAUGAUCAGCAGGAUGCGCAGGGUGAGGACGAAGAUGAUGAAGAUGCUGUAUCGCUCGGGAAGACGGACGACGAGCUGGAGAUUCAGCAAUACUACGGCGACCUCUAUAACGAUGAGGAUUAUGACGAAGGCGAAGACGAUGACUAUACCCCUGAGGAGGAUGAGGAGACUUCCGAGGAAGAAGGGGACGAAGAAGGCGAGGAAGAAAGCAACGAGUAUGACGAGUCUGCACUCAUUAACCCGACCAAGCGUCCGGUAGCAGCAAAACCCUCACCCGCUCCUGCGCCCGAAGCUGUGUCUGUCGAGGAAUCGCCCCAUUUGCUGGUCACUGCAACUCCUCCAACAGUUUCUGCAGCUUCCUCUUCGUCGAACUCUGGAGCUCCCACAAUCCCCACUCAGUGUUCUGAACCAUCCAGCGGAUCCGGUGGUCCCCAGAUCCUUCCGGUCGUGGCAGAUUACAACGGAGCGGGAUCCGCCUACAACCUUCGAUUGCUCGCAAAUGCAGCUUGCGUUUCCACUGAGAAUCGCCCUAGCGGAGAAGCAGCACAAGCCGCCAGGCUUCGACGCAGGGAGGCUCAAAUGAAACAGGACGAGGCGCGCAGGAAGCUCAUUCAGUCGAUCUCUGCACAAGUCCUGACUAGUCAAUCGACUGAGUCUGCGUCUGCGUCUGCUACGCGCACGUCCGGUCCGUCCCAACAAGAUCUUCAACCUCCGGACGAAGAUCAAGCGACCAAAGGACAACGAGCUCAUUCUGCCCUUCGGAAUGAAACUGGGCCCUCGUAUCGACCUCAGACUCAAGCUCCGGGAGAUGAUAUCGAGAGCUUUGUCCGCAAUUCUGAACCUGAAGUUGCGGAGACCAUCGUUUCACGGCCUGACAAGGGCAAAGGCAAAGCGAAGGACACGUCUGAUACUCUGGUGGAAACGCAGACCACGAUGUCAACUGAUUCAGCGGCCCAAGACAUUGCUCGUGCACUCGACCCCGAGACGUUGAUCUUCAACCUCGCCAGCUUCUCAGGAGACAGUCACACCCAACGGCCUUCCGGCUCUGGCAGCCGUCAAUUUACGACGCCAGGCUCGGAGCGCCGGUCAGCCCCAUCAAUCCAGCAGAGCCAGCCAACACAGGAGACAGCAGGGAGAUCUUCAUCCGAUUUCCCUAUCGAGUCUUCCAACCGCGAGCAGAUGAGACCACCAUCGGAUGUCGCUCGUUCAACUCCUCCGCCGACAUCAGGACUGUAUGGCGACGUGCUUCUGGCGGAAACCCACGAUGAUAAAGAGAUCGCUGCAGCGUGGGAUCCCGCCGAAGAUCGCCCUUCUGACGUUGGUCCGCAGGCAUUCCCUGUGCAGAAAUCAACGUUGCCCUCUCCUAGCGACGCUCAAACAUCGCAAACCGCUCGGUCUCCGUUCCCACCUUCCACCACCGACGACGCCCAUCUGGCUGAAGUCAUGGCAGCGGAAAUGGCCGAAGCCCUUGCUGAUCUCGAGCAUGCGUUUGGUGUCGACACCCGCGAUCCACCAUCGUCCUUCCUUUUCGAUGAAGCUGUAUGGCAGGAGAUCCUAGCGCAUACCGGAAGCGCGAUGGAUGAGGGAGUCUCUGAUUUGAUCGACUUUGGAUUUACUACAGCCUCUGAGCCUCAUUCUGUCGGCACUCUCAACAGCGGGCAGGAUCUCAUCUCGUAUUGCGACGUCCCAGCCGCUGCUCCCCAUGACCCUCACUUCGCCAUAACUGCAUUCGCUGGAUCUCUGGAUGCGGACUCGCUUCAGGCAUCUGACGCCUCCUUCCCUGCCGACGUCUCCAUCCCCAUGAAAGAGGACCACGUCUGGCUGCUCGACGUCGAUGCAAACGUUGUUAUUCCUCCUACUCCAAGUGGAGAAGAUUCGAGCGAGGAAGUACCAGAAGACCCAGGAUCUGAGAACGCUUUCGAUGACACAGCGAACACGGAGGCAGCACUCCAGAGUCGGCCGCUUGAACUGGAGUCGGACGUUCAGGGAGGGGCAAUGGUACAUACCCAACCACAGUGUGAGUCCGGUGCCCAGGCGGAGACGUCUUUCUCUGCUUCGGCCUAUCAGCCAGCUGGAGAGAACUCCGGCCUGUUCGCGCGUGCACACGGAUAUUGCGACGCUGAAGCCGGGAGGCUAUCGCCCACCACCACCUUCUCCGAGGAACGGGGUGAAGUUAUCCGUGUUUCCGACCUCUGCUCUGAGGCCUUGGUCAGCCUUCCUCCUCCUGAAUCUGAGGUCUCACCAGCAGCGAUCACGGCUGCACCCGCUGCGGACUUGGCAGUCCCUACCGCAAGCACCGAGGUUCCUGUCAAAGCAACGACCACCGCGUCCCACGCAGUCGCCCCUCCCCCAGACACUCCCCCACCGACACGGUGGAGACGAAACCCGCAUCGGAUCGCGAACACUAACGAUAGGUUUGCACGCCUGGACGAACUCCCGCCCUUCGCGCCGUGCCGCAGUCUCAGUGAACACCUCCGCCGCUACUUCCCGCCGGACGACGAGCCGCGCCAUAAGCCCGCACGCCCGCGCCGGCGGUUCCGCGCCCCGUCGACGACCUCGACGUCGUCAGCGUCAGAGUCGUCCGUCACCGUCCACCCGCCGCGCUCUCGGCCUCCGUCUCCUCCAGCUCCCCCAGAGCCCGCCCCGCCCGCCCCACCGACGCGCGAGUUCAAGCACAAGAAGGUGCAGACAGUGCCCACGAGCAAGAGCAAGAAGAGCCCGGCGAAGGCCAAGAAGGCCCGUCCUCCCCCUCCGCCUCCGCCUCCCGAGUCCGAGUCCUCCUCGUCCGCGUCCGACUCCGAGGCUCCACCACCGCGCCGCCCCCGAGCUCGUGCUCCCGCGGACGCUCCCCACGAAGCGACGUCACCCCGCAAGCGGUGGAUCCCCACAUACCUGCCGCAGGACCUCCGGGAGGAGUUGGCAGCGGCGGACCUGGCCGCCGAGCGCGAGGCUGCGCGAGAGGAGCCAGAGGAGUCGCCGGAGCCGCUGUUGCCCUUUGAGGGCUACAGCACUCGGCGCCCCCUCCUCACGUUGGCCGCCUUCGGCGUGGCCCUCCUCGUGGACUUGGUGUUUUAG